AAACCUUAAUUCUUAUUCUUACUUUGACGAUACUUACCCAAAACAUGAGUUUGGGCGAUUCGUGGAAUUACAUCGGCGAAGGAAACGCCCAUAUCGUCAUUGAAUUAUUAAACACAAAUUAUGUACUACGUCUUCGAAAGGAAAACGGCGAACAGUUUGGUUUGGACAGUAUGCAAAAAUCAGUAAAUUUUGUCAAUUUGGUUAUGAUACCUUUAUUAUUUUCUGGCAAAAUAAAUGUUAAUCAAAUAGUGGAAAUACCACCAGAACAACUUAGAGAAUUAACAAACAAACUGUGUAAUUUGCGCCCAGAGCACAGGAAAUGCAAAUCCAUAAUAAAUAAUUAUGCCAUCAAAUCUACUAAUUUAACAAUGGUCACUCUAAACACAAGUAAAAAUUAUUGUAUAGAGAUCAAGCCCAAAGAGGGCUAUAUAACAGCGAGUUUUAAAAAGAUUUCAAUGUGUUAUUACUGUUUAAAACAGUACCUAAAAUGUGAACAGGGAGAGAUCGAUAUUGUCAGUAAAUAUUGUCCAUUAGAUUUAUUUUCUGCAGACAAAACCAGAAUGAGGAGUGCUCUCUUAAAUUUGAUAGAUAACCCUCAAAAUAACUUCAAAUUGUUUCUGAAUGGAAAUGUCAUUUAUAGUGAAAAAUCAAUGAGAACUGAUUUUGAUGAGAUUUUAAGAGACAUGGUACUUUUUAACAAUUCUCUUGAGUUGUUCUUAAACUUUAUUAUAGAAAUAUUACUUGGUAAUCAAUAUAGUUCAAAUAUUGUUGUAAAUGAAUCAAAUAAACUAGUGAUGGCCGACCAUCAAAUGAAACAUUGUUUUGAGAGCAACAAUAUGCAAUCAGGCUCAAUUUUGCAUAAACUUUUACAACUUCAAAAAUUGUCAGAAAAUAAAGAUAUUUAUGUAAAUACAGAGAAUAAUGAUUAUGAUUAUGUUGAGUCUAUAUUGAAAAACUUAGAAUUGAAUGCAAUGGACUUGUCUAUUGAAGAAGAGAAGGAAAAAUUCCUAUCACUUUGUGAACCUGAACAUUUAGCUAUGAUAUCAGCAGUCGCGAAAGACUGCUCUAUUAUGAUAAGCUUUACACCUGAUUAUGACAGUAAUUUCCCAUACAUAGAAAUUAGAGGGAAGAAAAUAUCAUACAGGUUGUCUGUGACCGACUUAGAGCCAAAGUCAACGAAGACAUUACUGAAAAGAAAAGACACUGAGACAAAGUUACUCAAUAUAUAUAAAAAAUCAUUGGAGUCUAAAUAAGAUUUAUAAUUAUUAAUAAUAGUAAUCCAGCCGCACACAGAAACGAGAACGAAACAAUUAGAAGCAUGGCAACAGCUCAUUGUAGAAUAUCUAAAAUCAACAAAACAAUCGACCAUAGAUGUAAGAGAAUCACAGAACAGCCCACUGUUCAAUAAUGCCUC